CUUGCCCAGCCGCGCAAGAACCAGCGAGCGUAUAAUCCGAUGUGGGCGGCUCUACGGUCUCGAGCACUUCCCAUCUCCUCAUCAUCACCGACGUAUUCGUCUUCUUUGGCUUCUGCUAUUGAUCGAUGGAAGCUAGGGAUUUUCGGGUCUAGCUAUCGCAGCCUGUGUUCGUCCCUCGUCGAGACCGGCAACAAAAAGGGUUUGCUGCAGUUGGACGAGGUUCAGAAGGUUCUCGGCGAUGUCAAAGCCGAUAACGUCCAGGUCGUCCCCGUUCGCGAUCAGUGCGAUUGGACCGACUUCAUGGUCUUCGUUACCGGCCGCUCCGCCUGGCACGUUCGCAAUAUCGCGCGGGCCUUAAUUUACAAGGCUAAGCAAAAGCAAAGAGGAGCUGAGAGAAUGUUACUCCCCAGUGUGGAAGGAGAAAAAGAAGGAAAGUGGAUUGUUAUUGACUCUGGUACGAUUAUAAUUCAUGCUCUUGAUGAGAAAGCCAGAUCUUAUUACAAUCUGGAGAGGCUUUGGAGAACUGAGACAUCAAGUAAAGACCGAACUCAGGAUCUGGAGAAGGCAUUCUUGAAGGUGCGGCCCAAAAAUAACUCCAAGAAACGGGCGCCGACAGGUGCUUAGCAUCCAGUGAAUGCAUGCAUGCAUGCAGCCGCCCUCUCCAGCUUAGUUUUACUUUUAGUUAGUAUUGACAUUGGAGAUUACUACUCUUUUAUGUAGUCUUAAUUUUGCAUUGAGUUGUGUACUAGUUAAAUCUAGCUAGCAAAUUCCGUUUAUGCUGGAUGUUCCGUUGAAUCAAACGAAUUUAUAUAUCAACUUUUCCCCCUCUUCUUUUGUUUUUU